UUUUCAGCAGCCGGCAGGAAAUGAUGAAAUGUGCUCAGAGAGAAUUUUGUUUGUGGAAGUGGAGGUCAGGCAGAGCUGUGCAGGUACUGCAGCUCCCUGUGCUGUUUUGCUGCUCAGCUCCAUGUUUGGGGAAAAGCAACUGAACUGAGGCAUGUCUUUUAAGGAACAGUCCAUAUAGAAAUCAGUCUGAAAAUCCGGAGAGAGAAUCUGGGGAAUGGUGGUGUCCUUCCAACGGUUACUGACUUGACUAAUAUACAGUUUUGAAGGUGUUGAAGCUCUGAAUACUUGCAAGCUCUCCAUACAUAGAAAUGUCUGGCUCAUAUGAUGAUUCUGUUGGAGUAGAAGUUUCUAGUGAUAGCUUCUGGGAGGUUGGAAAUUACAAGCGGACAGUAAAGAGAAUCGAUGAUGGUCACAGACUUUGCAAUGAUCUCAUGAACUGUAUUCAUGAACGUGCACGGAUAGAGAAGGUCUAUGCUCAGCAACUUACAGAAUGGGCAAAGAGAUGGAAACAGCUUGUGGAAAAAGGCCCACAGUAUGGAACAGUAGAAAGGGCUUGGUGUGCUUUUAUGUCAGAAGCUGAAAAAGUGAGUGAACUACAUCUAGAAGUAAAAGGUUCACUGAUGAAUGAAGACUUUGAAAAAAUCAAGAACUGGCAGAAGGAAGCCUUUCAUAAGCAAAUGAUGGGAGGAUUUAAGGAAACCAAAGAAGCAGAAGAUGGAUUUAGGAAAGCUCAGAAACCCUGGGCAAAAAAGCUGAAAGAGGUGGAAGCUGCAAAGAAAGCAUAUCAUGCAGCCUGUAAAGAGGAGAAACUGGCUAUAUCUAGAGAGACAAAUAGCAAAGCUGAUCCAGCGUUAAAUCCUGAACAACUCAAGAAAUUACAAGACAAAGUGGAGAGAAGCAAACAAGAUGUGCUAAAGACAAAAGAAAAGUAUGAAAAAUCACUGAAAGAAUUAGAUAAUGCCACUCCUCAGUACAUGGAGAACAUGGAGCAGGUAUUUGAACAGUGUCAGCAGUUUGAGGAAAAACGCUUACGUUUCUUUCGAGAAGUGUUGCUGGAAGUUCAAAAACACCUUGACUUGUCUAAUGUUGCAAGUUACAAAAAUAUCUACCGUGAACUGGAACAGAACAUAAAAACUGCAGAUGCUGUUGAAGACUUGCGGUGGUUCAGAGCUAAUCAAGGUCCAGGGAUGUCAAUGAAUUGGCCUCAGUUUGAGGAGUGGUCUGCAGAUCUGAAUCGCACUCUGAGCAGAAGAGAAAAGAAGAAAGCUUCUGAUGGAGUGACUCUGACCGGUAUUAAUCAGACAGGAGAUCAAGCUUCACAGCCUAACAAACAUAGCAGCAGUCUUAGUGUCCAGAGUAACACAGUGCAGUCAGUACAAUCAAGUUACAAUCCCUUUGAAGAUGAAGAAGAUACUGGGAGUACUGUCAGUGAAAAGGAGGACAAUAAGAUCAAAAACGUUAGCAGCUAUGAAAAAAACCAAAGCUACCCUACAGAUUGGUCUGAUGAAGAGUCCAACAAUCCCUUUUCUUCCACUGAUGCAAAUGGAGACACCAAUCCAUUUGAUGAAGAUGCUUCUCCUGCAAUGGAGGUGAGAGUGCGUGCACUCUAUGACUACGAGGGCCAAGAGCAAGAUGAACUCAGCUUUAAAGCAGGGGAUGAGUUAACUAAAAUGGAGAAUGAAGAUGAGCAGGGUUGGUGCAAAGGACGUCUGGACAACGGGCAAGUUGGUUUAUACCCAGCAAACUAUGUAGAACCAAUCCAGUGACAAAGGACAAAGUUAAUACAGAAGCAUUACAAAAGCUCUGCAGGCCUGUACAGUAUAUAUUUAAACCAAGAGGAAGUUGAAUGAUGUAUAGAGUGUAUAUAUUUUCAUGAAAAGGAGAGAAAGCUCAAUACUGAAAUUGUGGUGAUUUAAAGACAGAACAUAGAACUGAUUUCAUGUGGUUUUCACAGCUUGUGCACAAUGCAAAUGAAAGGAGUUAGGUGGAAAAAAUAGUGAUAGGAAAAAUACUUUCUAAGCUUUUUUUCUUUCCACAUGGUCUGUUAUUGUGACUCUUAAACAUUUUUGCAUUUUCUAUGCUUGUGCCUCAUCCUACCCGAGGUAUGUGGCUUAUGCUGAGUUACGUUUAAUCGGUUAUUUUAAGUGACCUUCAGUAACUUGCAACUUGAAUUUUUAAGAUUAUUCUAGUUAAUUUUCUAUUUGUUCUUAGCAAUGUCUGAAAGAUGCAGUAUUUUUUUAUUUAAAUGCUAUGUAGGUAAGCAUCUUUUUGUGUGCUCGAUCAUAUAAUACUUAAAUUAUGACAUAGAUUUAGUCAGCAGUUGACUGAAUGAAAACUCUUUCCAUGUUGUAGUAAUCUUUCAAUGUUGUCAGCAUGACUCGAAGUUGUAAAACAGAUAUUAUAUGUAAUAACUAUCUGUUACAGAAGGUUAUUUGUAACAGAGAUAUCUGCAGGUGUCAUGGGUUGGGAUUCUGUUAUGAAUGUUGUUUAUAUGGUUUGGCACUUAAAUGAGUUUUCAUUGUAGAUCUUAAGUAGCUCUAUAUAAACAAAGAGAUAAAUCAUACAUAAGCCCCAGAAUGCUAUCUGUUUCCAGCACAAGUGUGCAGAAAAAAAAAAAUCCUAACUGCUAAUGAUUUUUUUUUGUGAUUUGAAAUGUUAAAUCUGUGAAGACUGAUUUUUUUUUUUUUGAACAAAGAUUGUAAAAUAGACUGAAAAUGCUUUUUAUUAAGAGGCUAUCUGUUGUGUAUAUGUACAUACAAUUUGAUAUUCCAAAAUAUAAAGAGCAUGGCUAUUAGUUAUCAAACCUUUUGAUGUGGAUAAGAUUUAGACUUAUAAGAGUUUAAAUUAUAGGUAUAUUUAAAUCUGCUUUCUUGCCAUAUUCAUUACUGUACUAUGGACAAAAUAUUCUGUGAUUAGGUUUUCAGAAGUACAGGAAACACACUAACAUACUCAAAAUCUGUAAUGUGGAUAAAUUUGUGGGUCAACAUAUAAACUAGCCUUAGUCCUUACAUGGAUUAUUGUAGCAGAACACUGUAAAAACUACAUUUGUUUGCAAUUACAACUCGGUUGUCUGUAACAGUGCCAAAUAGUUUGCAUUUGUGACAUUUAAAACUGGGUUGUAAAUUACAACAGAUUUGUGUUUAAAAAAAAUAAAAAUAAAAAUCAAGUAUCAGGUGAGUAGAUAUGCUACUUUAGGAAUCUACACUGUAAUGAAGCUAACAAAUCUAUUUUGAGGUAAUUAUUAAACACUGUUGGUAGUUUUGGAUUUUAUCAUUUGCUUUUCAAAUGUAUAGAUAUACUUAGUCAUAAUGUUCAAUGCAUUAAAAUGUGCAAGCUCUGAAAGUGGAUGUAUGUAUGUCAAGGAAAACAUAAUUAUUCAUUCACAAAAUGGUUACUAAAUCUGUCAGGAAUUACUGCCUUGGGUCUCUAUAUUGUAAUAUAUUUUAGAAAACAAUAAAAUCUGUUAAUCUCUUAAA